CCAGCUGUGCUCCCGCCAGGUGUUUUGCCCAGAAGGUCUUUGGAGCCAUCCUCCUAAAGGAGGCAAAAGGCCACGGUCAUGGUUCAGUGUCCGUGGUCGCACAAUGCGCGGCGGCCUGUGCAGUUUGGGCUGGUGUGCUGCACUAUCGUGGCAGCAACGCCGGGGUCGGCGACAUGUUUGUCGGAUGCGAUCCCAGCCUCAUCGCGAAAGCUAGUUGGAUUGGUUGAUUCCUACCCUCUUGGAAUGUGGGUGAACGAUUGGCCCGCUGGCCACGCUGUGGCUGAAAUGAUGGCCAUCAUUAUUCAGGAGGUUAUGGGCUAUGAGGUUGAGAUGAAAGGCCCGGGGGCGGGCACCGUGAACGGCUUCUUUGCGUUGGCGGGCUGCCGGAAGCCCAUGGACAGCCAGGAUCCGGACUGCGAUGGUGUAACGCGUACCUUGGUCCAUAUGAACGUAGAGGGCUGGACAGAAGGAUAUACUCCAACGUGGCAAAUGAUCCAGGACAAGUAUCCUUCCAUGGCCCCCAGGAAUCUUGGGAAUGCUGGAUACUUUGGGGAUGCGCGAGCCCACAUCUCUACUCCGGUUCAGGAGAUGGCAUACAAUGCUGAGGGCUUGUCUCUGGACUUCUACCGCGAACUCAAUGCAUCAUGGAAUGAUGUGAAGAGAUACUUUGCCGAUUUGGAUUCAGUUGACAAGUCAAGGCUGCGUUUUUGCAACGGUACCCUUCUGAUGGAUCCUGUGGAGAUGGGUAUCUACGCUGAGAUGACUGGAGAUUUGGAUGGAGUCGUCUUUGAAGGCGCAGGAGGAAGUGUGGUGGCAAAAUGUUGGCAGAACCACUUCUGGUAUGCUCCGGCUUGCCGCCAGAGCCCGUCCCGCUGCUGGCCUUUUAUCACUGGAGGUUCAGGGUGGCAAGUGGGUGAUUUUAUGCAGAAGGCAACCGCCUUCAACUUUGCUGCAGCGGUGACAGUUGCCAAGAAUUGGGACAACUAUGUAUCACUACCAACUGACCACGCUAGCAUUUUCUAUUGGUGGGUCCCCGACACAACCUUCCUAAGGAUGAAACCACAAGCGGUGACGUUUCCAGCUUACGACCGCAUUGCUUGGGAACGUGGGGACAAGAAGACGGGUUCCAAGCAAAUGUCCAUCGACAUUCAUGUCAGCCAGGAUUUGGCCGCACUGGCUCCAAGUGUCCAACAACUCCUGGCAGCUUCCAGCUUGACCAUCAAGGACGUCAAUGACGUGAUGUUGGACACAUUGGACUCCGGAAUCACCUACCGAGAUGCAGUCUGUCGCUGGCUGAACGCCAAAACCGAACGUUGGAGGAAGUGGCUACCGGACAAGACCUUGUGUGUUGCUGGUUUCGGCCUCUAUGACAUUAGCGCAGAUGUUUUCGUGCAGAGUCGCAGUGGGGAUACGGCCAACAUUGAAUGCCGAGUGUGUCCUUCCGGCCAUUUCUCCGACAGACUGCAGGAUGACAAAGGUGACAAAGGCAUGACCUUCAUUUGCCAACCUUGUCCAGCCGGUCGGUUUCAAGCGUCCGCUGGAAUGGUUUCUUGUGAUCCUUGCCCGAAGGGAGAAUAUCAAGGUUCACAUGGCAGCCAAGCUUGCUUGCGCUGCGACUUGGAGACCUACCAGGAUGUGGAAGGCCAGGCGGAGUGCAAGCAGUGCCCUGCAGGCACCAGCACACUUGGCCUUGGAAGCAUUUCUCAAACGGACUGCGGCUGUGAAGCCGACAGCAUCAAUGUACCUGGCGAUAACAGCACGGCCAGCACCAGCAACGUGACCGUAGCCUCCAUUUUCCAAUGUCAGCCCUGUGGUGAAGGGUUGCGCUGCCCCUUUAGCUCCGCUGUUGAAAAUUUGAUCAGAGGUCAGUCCACGCUCGGGCCGAAAUUCACGCCUGAGAUUCAGGAAGGCUACGUGUCGGAUCCCGCUGAGCCAACGAAGAUCUUCAAGUGCCAGCCCGCUGCGAAUUGUCCUGGGGGAAAACCUGGAACGUGCAGUGGCGGUUUACAAGGAAAGCUGUGCAGCAGGUGCUCAGCAGGGGAGGCUUGGAUAGACGGGGCCUGCACCGCCUGUGAAACUGUCCAUUUUGUUGGUUGGUGCAUCUUCGGCACUGCGGUGCUGGGAGGAAGUCUUGCUUCCUACUUUGUCGUGAACUUACCAGGAUCAAGAACAGCUUCGCCACUUCAACUGGUCCUACUGACCUUUGGCUUGGUGAUUUAUGCUGUGCAAACCGUGGCGCUCUUCGGCAUGAUGUCAGUGACCUGGCCCAGCAUCUUCACUUCAACAUCGGGUUCUUUGCAGUUUGCUGUGUUGGACCUGAGCAGGUCCACCUUGACUUGCUUGACCGGCUGGGGGGACACAGAGCGUUUCAUGAUGUUUGCCAUGGUGUUUCCGGUGCUUGCCCUCUGGGUCUUGUUGGCGUGGGCCAUCUCCCACUACUUUCCGAUCAAGAGGUGGCCCAGUUGGGUUUUGACCUACACCUUCAACACCAUUGGCGUGUUCUGUCAAGCUGGCUUUGCUUCCAUUUGCGCCAUAGCAUUCCAACCUAUGAUGUGCUACGCCCACCCUAAUGGAAUGCACAGUGUGCUGAAAUAUCCCGGCACCUUUUGUGGCGAUGACCAGCAUGCCGUUAUGCUGGCAUUUGGUGCGGUGCUUUGCUUCUUGGCGUUCGGCUUCCUAGUUGUUUGCAGUGUCGCGGCGUGGAAGAUCCCCAAGUGGAGCAUGGCCCAGGAGCGCCAAAAAGUUCAAGCCUUCAGAUUUCUCACAGGCAAAUUUCGCCUUGACAUUUGGUGGUUUGGUGUGCUUCUGCUGUUUCGCGGCUUGGGCUUCAGCCUUGUAAUCGUCAUUUUCACUGACUUGCAACGAGCUGAAAUCACCUCGGCAUUUGCCAUCCUCUUGGUGUAUACCAUCUUUGCAGCGCUAUACUUGCCUUGGAAGGCCAGGUCUAUCAACGUGGCAGACUUGGCCCUGAACGCCUUGCUGCUACUCCUCGUCACUCAGUCCACCCAGG